CUCACCACCAACACGCCGCUCUCCAACACCGCCGCAAACAUGUUUUCCACCGAAUAUGAUCGAUGCCGGGAGCUGGAUCAUCCCGACAUCUUCAACUUCUCUGUCUCAGUCUUCAUCGUGCUCGGAAUCCUCGUCUCCUACCUGCCGCAACACUACAAGAUAAUAGCUAGACGCUCGUCGCGCGGUCUGAGUCCCAUGUUCGUGCUUCUGGGAACGGUGUCAGGCACAGCCAGCAUCGCGAACAUCUUGACGCUACCUGAAAGCACACGGGAUAUGGGGUGCUGCAGCAAGAUUGGCACCUUUCCUUGCGCCGCUGCGCUGCUGGGUAUUGCACAGAUCGGCGUGCAGUGGACGUGCUUCUUCUUCAUAAUGCUCCUCUUCCUGAUCUUCUUCCCGCGCAACGGACAAGACCCCGAAGAGCAAGACUCAAGCCUUCCCACCUGGAAGGAAGCAAUCCUCGUCCUCGCGCUCUCGCUCACCUUCUUCGUCUUCGCCUUCCUAGGCUCCGUCGUCUUCGUCUACGCCGCGCCGAACCACAUCAGAGGCUGGGCCAACUUCCUGGGCCUUCUGGGCACCACGCUGGCUGCAGUCCAAUAUAUACCGCAAAUAAUGACCACAUGGAGGCUACAGGAGCCGGGUAGCCUCUCGGUGCCUAUGAUGUGCAUCCAGACGCCCGGCAGCUUUGUGUUUGCAGCGAGUCUGGCGGUUAGACUGGGUCCAGGGGGUUGGAGCGCGUGGGGUCUAUUCAUAUUGACUGGAUGUCUGCAAGGGUGUCUUCUAGUUAUGAGCUUAUGGUUCUUGUGGAGGGACAGGAAAGCCGCGAAAUCUGGCAGCGGUCAGGAUGUGAAUGGGAAUGGAGUGUCGCUUCGAACAGAGGACAGCGAGCAGACCCCCUUGUUGGCGAACGAAAGAGAUGGCAAUAGCUAGUUCUGCAUCUUGAAUAUAUUCAUCCGAGUUUAGCGUUACCCAGAACCUCAGUGGAGAGUCUUGAUGCAUGCUAAAGCAUUGGGUGC